AUGAGUCUAUUGCUUUCAACAACGCCCAUCCGGGCAGCGUCCCUCACAAAGCCAUGCCUAACCGUCGCAAUUCGAGGGUUCUCCAGUGCCGCCGCGGCAAAGGGUCUACCAGGACCACUAUCCGCCAAAACCUAUCAGCAUCCCGCGCGCAACCACCGUCUGCUCUCCUCGACACCCCGGCACCAAAUAAAGGAGUUCUUCCCGGCUCCUGAUGCGCCCCGUAUCGAAGAAGUCGAGACGGUUUGGGUACAUCCUGUCUACACCGAGGAACAGAUGCAGCACGUCACGAUUGCUCAUCGACAGGCAAAAGACUGGUCGGAUUGGGUGGCUCUCGGGACAGUCCGGGUUUUGCGUUGGGGCAUGGACUUGGUAUCGGGGUACAAACACCCCAAGCCCGGCCAGGAGGGCGAUCCCCGAUUCCAGAUGACCGAGUCGAAGUGGCUCACGCGGUAUAUCUUCCUGGAGAGUGUGGCCGGUGUGCCCGGCAUGGUAGGCGGCAUGCUCCGACACUUGAGAAGUUUGAGGCGAAUGAAGCGAGACAACGGAUGGAUCGAAACCCUGCUCGAAGAAGCCUUCAACGAGCGCAUGCACCUCCUAACAUUCAUGAAACUCUCCGAACCAAAAUGGACCAUGCGGCUCCUCGUCCUCGGCGCGCAAGGCGUCUUCUUCAACGGCUUCUUCCUCUCCUACCUGAUGUCCCCGCGCACCUGCCACCGCUUCGUCGGGUAUCUCGAAGAAGAAGCCGUCAUCACAUACACGCGAUCCAUCGAGGAACUCGAGGCGGGGAGGCUCCCCCAUUGGGAGAAGGAGCAAGCGCCCGAGAUCGCCAUCCAGUACUGGAAGAUGCCUGAGGGACAGCGGACAAUCAAGGAUCUGCUGUAUUAUGUCCGCGCGGAUGAGGCCAAGCACCGCGAGGUGAACCAUACUCUGGGCAAUUUGCAGCAGAUGGAUCCUAAUCCUUAUACGGCUAAAUAUAAGGAUCCGUCCAAGCCGCAUCCGGGUAAGGGGAUUGAGAACUUGAGGGCUACCGGGUGGGAGCGAGAUGAGGUGAUUUAG